GGCGCGCCCGCCCCGAGUCCGCGCGGGUUCUCCGGGAGGGAGUCCGCCCCUUCGCGGUCAUGGUGCGCUGCGGUUGCGCGUGGCUGAGAAAGUAUGGAAAUUUCAUUGAUAACCUAAGAAUCUUCGCCAAGGGAGGAAGUGGUGGAAUGGGUUACCCUCGUUUAGGUGGAGAAGGUGGAAGAGGUGGUGACGUCUGGGUCGUAGCCCAUAAACAUAUGACUUUGAAACAACUUAAGAACAAAUAUCCUCAGAAACGCUUUGUGGCUGGAGGAGGAGCUAACAGUCGAGUUAGUGCACUGAAGGGCUCCAAAGGAAAAGACUGUGAAAUCCCUGUGCCUGUGGGUGUUUCAGUAACUGAUGAAAAUGGCAGAAUUAUAGGAGAACUCAAUAAAGAAGAAGAUAGAAUGUUGGUUGCUAAAGGUGGCCUUGGUGGUAAAUUACACACAAAUUUCUUACCUUUGAAAGGCCAGAAGCGAAUAAUUCACCUUGACCUAAAAGUUAUAGCUGAUGUAGGCCUAGUAGGAUUCCCAAAUGCUGGAAAAUCCUCUUUACUGAGUCAGGUUUCCCAUGCAAGACCUGAGAUUGCAGAUUAUGCAUUUACAACACUAAAGCCCGAACUUGGAAAGAUUAUGUACAAUGAUUUCAAACAGAUUUCAGUAGCCGACCUGCCAGGUUUGAUAGAAGGAGCACAUAUGAACAAAGGAAUGGGCCACAAAUUCCUCAAGCAUUUAGAGCGAACCAGACAACUGCUCUUUGUUGUUGAUAUUUCGGGAUUUCAGCUCUCUUCUGUAACUCCGUACAGAACUGCCUUUGAAACAAUAAUACUUCUUACAAAAGAGUUGGAGUUGUACAAAGAGGAACUGCAGACAAAACCUGCACUCUUGGCAGUUAAUAAGAUGGACUUGCCUGACGCCCAGGUGAAGCUUGACGAACUGAUGGAGCAGCUCCAGAACCCCACAGAUUUUCUGCAUUUGUUUGAAAAAAGCAUGCUUCCAGAGAAGGCUGUGGAGUUCCAACAUAUCGUGCCCAUCUCUGCGGUUACUGGGGAAGGGAUCGAGGAACUGAAGAGCUGUGUGAGGAAGUCGCUGGACAAGCAGGACAGCACAGACGGCGAUGUACAUCAUCGGAAGCAGUUGGUCCAUUUGUAGGUUUCCAGUGGAGCAUCUUAGAGGGAGCACGCCAGAGCGUGCUGUCCACUUCCAGAGCGGGCAGCGUUUAAGCCUAGUGUAAGGUUCUAACAAAGAAGGAAAUCAUGUUAUUUAAAACACAGAUGAGCCUGGAAUGCAUUAUGUUCCAGAAACCAGCAAGACACAUGUCACAUGGUCUCAGUUACAUGUGGAAUCUUAAAAAGAAAAAAAACUGGACAGGUGGAAAUCCUAAAAAGUGAUGAUUAUUAAGGACAGGGAGAUAAAAGGUUAACAGAUGUUGCUCAAAAGAUACAAAGUUUCAGUUAAGCUCUGCAGAUCUGUUGUAUAGCUAGUUGUUUAUAGUUAGAACAAUGUACCAUAUUUUGAAAAUAUGUAACAGUAGGUUUUAAGUGUUCUAACCACAAAAAUCUGAGAAAAUAUAUUUUAAAUGAGCUUGAGUCUAUUUCAAAACACACUGUGUAUGAUAAAGAUGCAUGUAUAGUUUUUAUGUAUCAAGGAAAAAUAUUUCAAAUUAAUAUAAAUUAAUUUGAAAGUGUUUUCACAUUUUAAAAAUAGCCUUUAUCAGUAGGUUUCCUGAUAUAUGUGCAUUAUCAGGAAGCGAAAUUUUCUUCUUCCCCCUCUUCUAGUGUUAGCUCAGCAAAGCAAUUUCAUUUUGCAAAAAGCGUACGCAAGACCCAAACUGGGCUAGCACACACACUGAGAGCAACAGAGCUCCUAUAUUUUAUCCUUGAUUUGGCUGGUGACUGGGUCUCAUCCCAUUGGUCUGACUAAUGGUUACUGAGUCAAAGGGGACGGUCAGGAAACACUGGCUAAACUACUUAGAUUUUAAAGUUUCUCACAACUACCCUCUUUAUUACAUUGUUUUUCAAAUUAGGUAUCACAUGUUGGCCAUUUGAAGUUUCUAGGAAGAGUAAAUGAUUCAUAUAAUUGAUUGGUGAGCUUGCCUUCCAGGAAGAUGCAUUUUCUUAAUUCCUUUGAAAGUAUUUAAACAAUACUUACAAAUAGACAUUUUUCCUUUAGGUAAAAUGUUAUAAAAUGUACACAUUUACUUUUUAAAAUUGUAAAACAACAACAACAAAAAAAAUUAAAGCAGUAUAUAGGUGCAUGAGGCCGCAGACAUUUCUAUUUCCUGAGACUGUCAGUCUUUCUCAAAGGAAGCACUGUAAGUAGCCUAUAUUUUUACACUUUUUUGUAAAACCCAAAUGAGUUUAUUGUAAUUUUUUCCUGUCUUUUUUUUUCUUUUUGCAAAGUAGCAGCAAAUUAAUGCCCUUUAAAAUAUUCCUGGGCAAGUGUGGUAGUCUGUGGUGGUGCGGGCGAUGACCACAGUCCUUGGGAAGGAACAGUGGGGAUUUUGAGUUUCCGGAAGGCUUGAUGGGUGACUUAACAAGUUGUAGGCUGGUCUGGACUUCGAGUGGGACCAUGUCUCAGAAAUGCUGUUCUUUAAUAGUAUAUUUUAUUUUGCCUGCAACCAAGUCUGUGCACCAUGUGAAUGCAGUGCCUGUAGAGACCAAAAUAGGGCAUUGAAUACCCUGGACCUGGCAUUACCUACUGUUGUGAGCUGCCGUGUUGAUGCUGGAAGUCAGUCCCUGGUCUCUUAACUGCUAAGCCUUCUCUCCAGCCCUUUUCUUUAAUAUUACAUUUUGUUAAAAAUUACUUGAUAAUUUAGCGCUUAAUAACAGUUGUGGUAAUUGACCCCUUUUAAAAAAACAUUUUUUAAUUUUAUGUUGAUUAGACAAAUUUCCUGACUUGAUAAUGUGGGUACGUUUAUUAUUUCAGUUUGAUUCUAGUUUCUGUUCUCUAUACCUACCUUUCAUUCUAGUUUCUGGACUACUUUUUCUUGUAUCUCUUUUUUCUUCAUUACAUGGGUAUUUAUUGAGCACUGCGCAGGGUGUUGCACUUGCAGGGCUCCAAAAACAGACAGAUCCUGCUUAUGCUUCAUAGCUGAGCUUCAGGGAGCUGGCAUGGCCUACUUUACAGCACAGGAAUGAGGCUGAGGAAAAGCCUCUGGAGUUUGCACUGGCCAGCUUCCGUGUCGAGGCCUGGUUUGUUACACACGUUCACAUCAAUGUCCCUGUCAGCCGUUUCCACCUGACAGCCUCAUGGGGUGAAUUCAGGAGUGUGUGCUCUAAUCUGACUGUGUCCUUUGUGAGGGGUGUGCCUGUCAGUGACGCCUAGACCACCACUAACGCAGUUCAUGAUUUAUUGUGUAAUUACUGAAAUGGAUGUUCCACUUAAUUGGGAUUUUCUGGUUAUUGGGGGUGUAUUCCACUUAGCCCCUUUUAAAAACUGUCAUUUUUGGACAACAAAAGGAGAAACUUCAGAUUUCUUAUAACAAUUUAACGUGUCUGCACAUGUGUGUGUGUGCACUCGAGUGUGUGUGUGUGCAUGUGCAACAGAGAGGCCUUGGGUCUGCCCUCUGAGCUGGAGUUCACAGAUGUUGCAGCAAGCACUCAUUUUAACUGUGAGCCUAACACGUGAUGGCUGAGCCAUGUUCAGUUACAGAGCAGCACUGAUUAAUUAAUUAACUUUAAAGUACAUAUUUUAACAUUUCCUGGAAUAAAAUUUUGGGUUUUUUCCAAGGCUAUUCAUUUUACCUUUCAAAAUAUAUUUUCAAAGUGUCUACUCUUAGAUUUGUAUUUACUAUGUAAAGAGACAUGUCUGCUUUUCAAAUAUCUUAUUUAUUUGAAAUGGUGUUGGGGACAUGUGUGCCACUGUAUCCAUGUUGAGGUCAGAGGAGAGUUUCAUGGAGUUGUUUUUUGUCUUUCCCCUUUAAAGGAUCACGCUCAGGUCUCCACACAUGUGCAGCAGCAAGUGGCCUGGUCAUCUCAGUGCCCAAGUCUGAUUUAUAGUGUGACAGCUUGUGUCGGGUGAACUGCAUCGGGUCCGUCCAGCUUCUAGUGAAGCUGAGUUUCCACUGGGCUCAGUGCCUUGCCGUGAUAGCAGAUAGAGAUUCUUUUGAAGUAGGAGAUGAAAGCUAGAGACCUCACGACAAAUAAAAAGAAGUCCGUAAAUGCAUGAAAUAUUUUCUAAUUCGUAAGGUAAGAUUGAAAAGCCAGUUAGCAAAGGUGCAUUCCAUGCAGAAGCUUACAGAGUGAAGCUACAUUUACUAAUGUUUCAGUGCUGUGGGUGUUGCUUAGCGGUAGAGCACUUACCUAACAUGCAGUGCCCUGCGUUUGACUCCCAGCACAAGUGCUCAGUUAUGAUGAUGAAAAUGUUUCAAAGCAGUAGCGUAAACAUUCUUACUGUAGUUUUCAGAAAUUAACAAAAUACAAAUACACAUAAGAUACCUUAUUUUAAAAAUUUGGGAACAUUAUGUUUAAAGAACGUAUUAAAUUUAAUAUAUACAUUUAGUUCUUCAGAAUACUGCAAAUUUGAUUUAAAUCUGGCUUUCCAUAGUGAAUGAACAUGGGAUUUCUGAUUGAGUGCAUGUCCAUCAUCUAAAAUGGUACUGUCACCAUAGGCUAGGCACUUAGACAUCUGUAUUAGCUAAAUACUUGAGCGCGUUUCCUCCCGGUCCUUUUGUUUUUCUCCUCCUUUCUCGGAUGCUGGCUGGGACAUGUGAGGAGGCUGUGAGACAGGGGCAGGUGGCCCAUGAUUUCUAAUCCCAGCAGAAGCUGUGGGGCUUUCAAAUUUGAGGUCAACCUGAUCUACCACAUGAGCUCCAGGUCAACUAAGGCACAAAGGAUACUAUCUCAAAAAGAGUUAGUAAGUGAAAAGAAAUGUCAUGUUAUGAGUCUCAGCAGUCUAAUUUUAAAGACAUUUGAAAUAAUACUCUGUUUUCCAACAUUUUAUAACUUGGGAUUAAACCAGGCAGGUGGUAAUUGGCAUCAAAUGUUGGCAGUUAAGACAAUAUAGUUUUUACUGUAAAAUCAAUGAGAAGUAAAGCAGGUCUUUGUUUUCCCUUAAAGAGGUAUCUUGAUUUUAUUUCUGAUUUCUGACUAUUUUUUUUUGUUGUUGUUUUCUGAUUAGAACUUGGCAAGUAGAGGGAACAUACCUACCAGGGGUUUCAUUUUUAUCUUUGCAUGGCUAUUGUUAACUAGUUGAAGGAGAAUAGAAAGCACAUGAUAGAAAUGGAAGGAAUGUUUGAAAUUUUCCGUGGCUAACUUAGGAGAAACAGGUAGGGUCAUUGUCUCUGUUGGCUAUGACCAGUAUAAAAAGGACAGGCGUGAUUUUGGCUACUAUCCCUGCCAUGCCCACCCACUCAUUUGGGGGAAAUUAUAGUUUUCAAAUAUUUUCGCCGUGUGACAGUUUAUUAAUUAAUAGUUACCAGAUACUUGGACAACUGUUGAGGAAGUUAUCCUCUUUGUACAUAUCAUUAAAGUGUCUACAAUAGAAACGAAGUCUUUGGAGGGCCCAGAUACAAGCCAUGUGAAGCAUAGCUACUGUCUGAAUCAUGACCUUUGAAAUACUUGGAAUUUGGAGAACAGGAUAUGCGGUUUAUAUUGUAACUAAUUUUGAAGCAAUAUAUGAUAAAGUAUUUUUCCCAUCUGUUUUGUAAACUCUGAGUGUGUUCAAAGUUGAAAGCAAAGGACAAAAGCUUCCUUUGUUCAUGACCUCA